AUGGAUCCUCUCCGCGGCGAUGAUGCUUCCGCGGUUUCCGCGGCCGCGCCGGCGCCGCAAAAGUCGUUCCUCGACGGCGUGCUCCCGCAGGCGCUGCAGGACGGCCCCGUGGGCGCCGUCGUCGCCGGCGGCGCGGGCCUCGCGGCGCUGAGCCUGGGCCUGGGCCUCUUCCGGAGCGGCUCGCGCCUCGCCGUGUCGGGCCUGCGGCGGCACCUGACGACGACGCUCGAGGUCACGUCCAAGGACCCGGCCUACCCCUGGGUGCUGCACUGGCUCAAGGAGGCCAAGGGCCGGAGCAACGCGUCGUUCAAGCACGUGUCGGCGGCGACGAUCGUCGGCGACGAGGCCGGCGGCGCGUCCUUCGACCUCGUGCCGUCGCCGGGCAAGCACGUCGUGCGCUACGGCGGGUCCUGGCUGCUCGUGGAGCGCGCGCGCGAGUACGGCACGGUGAACACGAGCUCGGGCACGCCGUGGGAGAAGCUCACGCUCACGGCGUUCGCGUCGCCGGCGACGGCGGCGGGCGGUCUCUUCCGCGAGUUGCUGGGCGACGCGCGCGACGGCGCCCUCGCGGCCAAGGACGAGGACGCGACGAUCCUCUACACGUGCUGGGGCACGGAGUGGCGGCCGUUCGGGCGGCCGCGCGCGAAGCGGCGCCUCGAGUCCGUCGUGCUCAAGGCCGGCGUCGCCGAGAGCAUCGUCGGCGACGUCGAGGACUGGGGGACGAACGCGGAGUGGUACCGGAGCCGCGGCGUGCCCUACCGGCGGGGCUACCUGCUCCACGGGCCGCCGGGCGGAGGCAAGACGUCGUUCAUCCUGUCGCUCGCGGGCCGCCUCGGCCUCGACGUCUGCCUGCUAGCGCUGAGCGACGAGGGCCUGAGCGACGACCGCCUCGCCCUCGCGCUGAGCGCCGUGCCGCCGCGCUGCGUCGUGCUGCUCGAGGACGUCGACGCCGCGUUCGUGAGCCGCGACGACGCGACGCGGCGGCCGGGCGCCGCGGGCCCGUCGCUGACGCUCAGCGGCCUGCUCAACGCCCUCGACGGCGCGGCGGCGAGCGAGGGCCGCGUCGUCUUCAUGACGACGAACUACGUGGACCGCCUGGACCCGGCGCUCCUGCGCCCGGGCCGCGUCGACGUCGUGAGCCGCCUCGGGCGCGCGGACGCGGACCAGGCGGCGCGGCUCUUCGCGUCGUUCUACGACGAGGCGCGGGGCCCCGACGCCGACGCCUUCGGCGCCGCCGUCGUCGCCGCGUCGCGCGCGGCCGCGGGGCGGCCGCCGUCCAUGGCCGAGCUCCAGGGCUUCCUCCUCACGCGAAAGUUCGACCGCGCGGCGGCGCUCGCGGACGUCGCGGACAUCGGCGACGUGCUGCGCGUGGCGCCGCCGCCGGAGACGCCGGCCCUCGACGACGACGACGACGACGACGAAGAGCCGCUCCCCGUCAAGUCCCGGGGCCGCAAGCGGCUCACGGCGCUCGAGGUCGACCGCAUGGUCUUCAACCCCCAGCCCGGCUGGGAGGACGACAUCGGCCGGAUCAAGUAA